AACAAAGCGCACGACAAACGACCGAACGCGUACGACACGAACGGACACAGUGUGCGCGCGUCCGCAUACAGUUGCAAGGGAAGCAAGCAAACAAGCAAGCAACACACUCAGCUCUUAGUUUAGGCAAGCCUUGCCCUCGGAAAGUCAACAGUAGUGACAACAAACCUGCUCGAAACGGAAGAAGAUGGUCCUGCUUGUUGUUGUCGCUUAGAGAGGUGAAAGCAGUGGCACUGUGCGUUCAUAAGGCGCGAUCCGUGGCGCACCGUGACGACGACCAAACAACAAACAUCAUCUGUGAUAUACAAGCGCGCGCGCGAUCAUCCCGUCCAUCACCAACACCACCACCACCACCACCACCACAGGCGCUCCUUUCUCGUCCUGGUGUGUAGUGCAUUCCCGCAUCAUCAAAUUAUUCCGUGUGAAAUGCGAGGAAAGCAAUAGAAACAAGCAACAUUGCGACUGAUAGUGGAAAGAGUGGAAGAGUUAUAGUUUAAAUGCCAGUUUAGUGUGGAUAGCUUGUAUGUGAUUUUUAAAUUAUUUUGAACAACGGUGUACAGUAGCAAAUACUAAGCGAGUUAGUUAUAAUUUCGACGCUGCUCAUAAAAUAUACAUUUUAAGCAAAAAUCUCUUAAGCACAAUCCCGACCAAAGAUAACAAACAAACCCUAGCCAAGCCAUCAUCACUCACGUUCAUCACUCACUUCAUCAUCGAGCGCGCCUGUCGGGGCUGUUUGUGCUGCAAAGGACAACCAAAUUGCAACCCCCUUCUCACCAACUGACGCAACAUUUUCAACGACAAUUUCUAAAUACGAAAAUUGAAAUCCACCAGCGCAGAAGGGAGGAAAAAACACAGCUGCUCGCACGCACACAACCACCGCGUAGCGUAUGCGUGGAGACCUGCUCGACGUACCGCUGUGUGCGUGAACCCAAGGCUCGCUUCAGUGUGUGGAGACCCCGUUGUGUGCUGUGGACAAGCUGUGGAGAGUGCAAGCCAGCACAUUCGCGCACACACACACACCGACACCCCGAACUCUACACAUCGCAGCAGCCCUGUUCGAAUGUGCUAGAUUUCGCAGCUCGGCCCCGUCCAACUCUCCACACGGGCCGUCAUUGUAGAAUCUAAUACCGAAUUGAAUAGUUCUUUAUUGCUGGACACUGGGGUGACGCAAAAGUGAGAGCCACAAUCACGGAAGCAUCCGGGUACUAGGCCAGCCCUCAGUAUGUCUGUCCCUGUGAGCUGCUACUCUGUCGAUAGCAUGAACAACAUCGACCAGCAGCCCAUCGGAAUCGGCGGCCAUGGUCUACCCACGUCCUCCUCCACUGCCCGCAUGAUGAUGAUGCGGAUGGAGGAAGACGAUGACCACCGGCCAAUGAUGAGGAUGAGCCCCGCGACCAACGUUCAUGCGCACGACCAGACGAUGCAUCACGAUCAGCGGAUGUUGUCAGAGGAGGGCCGGCUUGGGACACCGGAUGCUGCUGAUGGAGUUCUGUUGGCGUCGCACGACUGUCGCCACGGUGGCCACAACACCAGCGCCACCGGCAGCGGCUCCAUGCACUCAUCGGGCGCGUCGGGCAGCGAAAGUGCCAGCUAUCACUACCCGCCGCAUCACCAUCAUCAACACCACCGACACCGCCCGAUGAUGAUGGAUACCGUGGACGACGACGGUACGGCAUGCGCCAAUCAUGACGAUGGCCAGGACUUAGCGGAUGCUGCCGGGGCAGCGGCAGCGGCUAAGUGCACCUCAGCACAAAAGCACACCACCACCACCACCACCAACAAUGGAUCAUCAUCAUCAUCAUCAUCAUCACCAUCAUCGGCACCAUCAUCCCCGAUGGCAGCGGCUGGCGGAGCAGCAGCAGCAGCAGCCGCGGCAGCCGCAGCCGGAACAGCAGCGAUGUCGUUCGAGGAGAUGAUGGCCAAGCUGAGCGAACUGCUCGCCUUGGAGCCGAAGUACCAACCGAACCUUUACCUGCCGCAACAAUCAGUCAAUGGCGAAAUCACGAUCGGCACCCGCGACGGAGCGGCCCAUGUGCUGCGCUGCCUGAAGGUUUGGUACGAGCUGCCGAACGAUGUCCUGUUCGCUGCCAUUAACUUGGUUGAUCGCUUCCUGACCAAGAUGAAGGUCCGCCCGAAGCACAUGGCGUGCAUUUCGGUCAGCUCCUUCCAUCUGGCGGUGCAGCAGCUCAGCCUGCCGAUCAUCGACACGGAGGAUCUGAUUGCUAUCUCGCAGUGCCGUUGUACGUCACGCGAUCUGGUGCGAAUGGCGGACAUUGUCGCCAACAAGCUGGGCGUUCAGAUGAACCUGGCCCCGGUAACGGCGCUCUCGUUCAUCCGGCUGUUCUACUACAUCUUCGAGAAAGCCGCGAAUGCACUCGGGCUGUCGGAAAUAUUCAAAUCCGCCAUCUCGCUGGCCGAUCUCGAGAUGCGGCUGGAGAUACUGGCGUGCGAUGCGAGCUGUGCGAGCAUUCGCCCGUCCGAGCUGGCGCUCGUGAUGAUCUUCACCCAGAUGGAUGUGUACGUCAGCGCAAACAAGGACAACGGGUUGGUGCACCAGCAGAUUCACGAUCUCGUUGACUACGCCAUCCAGCUGCAGAAAUUCUGUCGAAUCCCGGACAGCAGCUUCCUUUACAGUCACAGCAUUGUGACGAAGAUUCUUUCGCUGUACAACGGUCAGCACAAGAUCCCGUACAAGCAGCGGCUGGUAUGGAAGCUUUCGUCCCGUACCAUGCGCGUGCUGCGCCCUACUGACAAGUUGACCUCCUAUUUGCCAACGAUUGCCGAACACCACCAUACCCAUGGUCACAUGAGCAACAGCAAUCUUCGCUUCAGAACUGGCAGCGUAAGCUCCGAAGACGAUGGGGAAGAUUGGCCAACAUCGCCGAUCGUAGCAGUGUGUGAACAGUUUGUUGACGAGUAAAAUGGCGCGCGGCGAUCAGUCGAUCGAACGAUCGCUCGAUCACGCACACACACACCCUCUUAUUUCUUUAAAUAAUUGUUUAGUAUCGAAUCGAGUCGGAUGUAUGGUUUGAAUGCAAGUUUCGGAAAAAUGACCGCAUUCAGCUUCGCUCAGUAUCGAUUACGACGACGGAUAUGUAAAAGAAUGGAGAAAGAGAGCGGUUUUGCAACAAAAUCCCUUCACAUUGCUGUUAUGACGAAAACAUAAGAAACAGAAUGAACGUUUGUGACCGUCCACACAGUGUUUUAUGCUGCAACAAUGCACGGGUGCGCUGUGCACAAACAAAACUUCAAAGUACGUACAUCCCCCCGCCCCCUCCCCGCCCAAAUAUUUGACCAGCUUUCUGAAACCCUUGACCUACCAUCGAGCAAGGUGGACUAUGAAGUGGCGCCACGAAGAAUCAAGGACGGGGCAUUGGGGCUAUCGGGCUUUGAAAAGGAACCGCUAUCAUUGCAUAGCAGCAAUCCCAUAAUGUGAUAACAUCAUCGUAUAGUGGACGGUGGCACCAGCAGAAGCAGCAGCAGCAGCAGCGAAAAGAGUGAUAAAUUUGCUUUACUAAAGUUGACCAAGGCAAAGUGGCAAUAGAACGACGACGACGACGUGAGCACAGCGCGCACCCAAAGAAACGAUUGCACAGCAUGUGGUUGUGCGCCAAGGAACAAAUCGUAGCUUUGGUUCGAUGUCGCUGGCGAGAUUAACUGAUGUUGACGCGGUUCGGAAGAGAAUCAAACAUAAUCAACUGCAUCCGUGAAAACCGAAACGAAUGGAGAAGCAAGUAAGAAAAGGACUAACAACGGGACGGCACACUAACAUCAACAAGGCACGGAAAGAGCGGCAACAACAGCAGCAGCACGCGCGGAGGGAGAGCACUACUCUUCGGUUGGUAAAUGUUAAUUUUAUUUUGUUUUCCUCCCUUUUUUUGAGUAAGAAAUUGCAUACUUCUAGAACACACUUAUUUGCUAUAAUAGUGUAGAACAAAAAAAGCGCAGUCAGAAAACAAAAGAAAAAAGAAACAAUUUAAUUCGUUGGAUAAGAUCUAUGAAUCGUUUAAGCAGGAGAGAGUGAGAGUGGAGAGAAGGUUUAAAAAUCGCGGAAUAGUACGAUAAAAGUAGGAUUACAUCGGGAAUUGAGAAUAACAUGAGAAAAAGGAGAAACUUACGCGAUAAUGGAAAUUGGUUACAAAUGACAUAACGCCAGCUCGCAGGCGGUUAUCGUAUGUUUGGGGAGACAGGGAAAAAAACAAGAGAAGAAACAAACUAUACUUGAAAUGAUCAACAAUAUCAACAAAAAAAAAGUCCAAAAUUAGCGAAGCAGAAAAGGAAACAGCAAACACAAAAAAAAAAACAAAAAAUCUCUGAAAAGUUACGCAAAAGUAUAUGCAAGUAUAAAAAGAAAGAUAAAAGGAAAAUCAAAAAAAGUACAAAAUAUACAAAACGGUUUAAAAAAAUCCUAGCUAAUAAGUUGUGUAGGAUUUAAAUGGCAGAUGGUAAAGCAAGUGACAUUUAACAACCACAGCAACUAUAUUUGAGGAGGGGGCGAAUGCUCUUUUCAACAAACUAUCCUUACCGCUGGGUGUGUUUAGGCUGUUUAAAAGAGCAUUCACCUGCUUAUUAGGAUAACAGCAGCAGCAGCAGACGAGAAUGUACGACUAAUAAGCAAGUCAUGUUGGAACACACCCACAUACACGGAACGACGAGAAUUACGCGACGCCAAAACACGAGAAAUGAGAAAAGAGAAAAACAGAAGAAUAACAAUCGGAAGCACACAAGAGCUGUGCAAAACGAAAUAUGCGAACAUCUUGCAUUGCAAAGAGCGCAGCGCAGAAGAGAAGAAGCGUGUAUGCUUUUGCCUACGGACGGUAGAAAGCGGAGAUAAACAGAGAAAAGAAGACACAUCUAAUAGGGAAAGGACGAUAGAACGAGGGAGAGAAAGAGCAUUUUUGUUAAUGUUUACAAAUGUUACUUUUUUCGUUUUGUGUACCACGUCAAAAACUGUUUUUUGGAAUAAUAUUGAUUUUCUCGUUACCUUUUUUACGAACAGAAUUUCAAUACACAACGAUUUGCACAUUUUUAUUAUUGGAGCGAAAGAAGUGAAAGAAAAGGAAAAGGAAAGAGCGCUGCGAACAGUGUAAAAGGCAGCAGCAAGCAGCAGCAGCAUCAGAACGACAGAGGACCAGAAGCAGGAAGAUUAUUAAUCAAAGCCACGAGCAGACAUUGAAACCAUCAGCCAGCGAGUUUUAGAACCUUGGAAAACUCGUAUUGAUCGUAAAGCCAGUACUGAAUGUGUUAUUAGUUUGUAGGGAAAAAGAAUCAACCACAACGGUGUUAGAAGUGAGUAAGCAGAACAGAAUUCAAAGAUCCGGCCGAUACACUACACCAGUAGGAGACGUUUUAAUUUGCAAAACAACAAAGCGAAACUCCUAUACUAAACUUGUCCUUUUCUACGAAGGUGGGAGAGGUUCCUUUUAAAAUUCCGCAACCCCUUCGCUCUAUAUUCCACAAUGAUCAUCCGACUCGAUCGUGCUUUGCUCGUUAGUUGCUCUACUUACGCUUUUCAUUUUUAAAGAUAAAGUAACCAGUAGCGGGUAUUGUCACGGAGUCAGUCGACGAAAAAAAAAACGCAAGACAAAACGUACAAGAUCUGCAAACUUCAAUCAUACUACAAUAUAUUGGACUCUAGUAAAAUUUGCGAAAUAGUCUAAUGCUGAUAGAGCGAAAGAGACAGAGAGAGAGGGUGUACCGGAAAAUAGUCAAAUAUCCAAACGAAUCGAAGCUCCCCCUCCCUUUAAUCCUUAGAAACAGAACGAUUGAACCAGCAAACCAGCAACAGCACUAAGCUCUACUAAGUGCAUGUUGCGUUUAGGCAAAGUUUUGAACACUACCAAGCUCAAUCAAUUGAAACAACAGUUACACACAAACGCUAAACGGUAGCGAUAGAGAUAAACUUGUCCCGUUUAUUUCCCUCCCUCAGUCAGCUUAUAUUAAUGUAAUCCUCGACGAUGUCGUAGUAGCACGUGUUGUUGUUUGUAGAGAAUGUGUCUAUGUGUUUUCGAUAGAUGUGGAAUAAUCGAGCUAGGAACUAACUAUGGAAGGGGAACAACCAACCGUUCGUGGAAGUAAAGACAAGGCAAGCAGCAAAGAAAACAGGACGACAAGAAAGGAAUGUACACACAGGGAUAAAAGCAGCGUGUUAGAAAAGCAUUAGGUUCACAGGGAACUUGCAAACAAUUGCAUGUAUCGCCUCUCCCCAUGCCUGCCCACAUUCCAUUUUGGUGGCACCACAAUACGAAAUGGAUGUGCACGUGUGUGUGUGUGUUUUUAGAGUCACGGUUGGUUAGGUUUCGUCUUUGCCGAUGCGAUAAGCAAAAGAUCGGCGUACAACAAAACAUACGCGAUGGUGGCGAACCGUGUAUCAGUUUUUACUGUCGGUUUACCUACACUUCCCGCGUGUCGUUGUUGUUGCUCCACUUUCACCCCAAAAAAUCUUACAACCGCGCGGUUGCACAAUUUUAAACUUUUGUGAAGCAGCAUGAAAAUACCGCAAUUGAUCUCGAAUAUUUAUGUAUAUUAUGUGUACUACGCAACCGCCGCGCCCCUCCCCCUUUCUUUUCACGUUCGUUAUUUGGUGUGGGCUUGUGUGUAUAGGCGCUUGGAUGAAGAACGGAAUCAUUCCCCCACCCUUGUAUGCUUGUUUCCUUUUUAACACACACAUAUAAGCAAAAGAAAACGCUUUUUGGAAUAAGACAGGAAAAUUGGCACACUUCUAGAACCGUGCUUAUUUGAUACUAUACAGAAAAAAAAAACACAGGGACACAAUGUGAAUGCGGUUUGAUGAAGAAACAUCCAAAACAACAUUCACUAAAAGGCAUGGAAAACGAACGCGUAUUUCCCAACAAGUGAGACAAAGCCUUGCAACAUAAAACACCAUCUCGCCGUCGUACUAUUACUACUACUAACUACGUAAUGAUAAUAGGGAGCGCAAAGAAGAAAAAAACAAAGGAAACAAGAAUCAAGGAAGCGUCUGGAGGAAAAAGGAAGCACGAAAAAACAGAAAUGAAGAAACACAAUUUACAACAAAAGCGGGCACGCGUGCACGAAGAAGGGGAGGAAGCGGAGAUGCUAAAACGAACGUACGCAAGCAGAAACGCAAUCGUGUUUAGGAGCAGCAAAAAAGAAGUAUUUUUUAUCUGAUAAAUAUUAUUAAUUUAUGAGAAACAAAAACAAACGAAAACCCGACUUACGGUAGAAGAGCGGAGCAAAAGGGGAGGAGAAAAAGAAAAAGAAAAAAAUGUGAUUAAAAUUUAUUUAAAAUGAAGAAAAGAAGGGUGACAACAAACAGUGGAGAGAGGAACACUAGAGAUCGAAACAAAUCGAAGCAAAAGAGAAGAAAACAUGAAAGCUAGAGAAACAGAGAAACAAGAAUGGAAGAAAAGCAAAAGGAGAGUAUCAGGAGAAUGAACAGAACAAUGAUGAAAAUGAGAGCGAGAGAGAGAGAGAGAGAGAGAGAGAGAGAGAGAGAGAGAGAGAGAGAGAGAGAGAUAGAGGAG